AUGAUAGAAGUAUACGUCUUGACUGUCACGAAAUGGGUUCGAGCUGGCCCUUUUAGCGUCGGGCAUUGCGACCCUGGCGUGGGGAAAUGGGUUGAUGAGGAGCCCAUUUCCCUGGCCGGGUCUUCGCUAUACCCAACAAACGGUGAACUUGGCGGAUGGAGAUGUAUAGGAGAGUCGUCACCGGGAAGUGACGAUGCCCCGGCAGGCCGGCAGGGGCUCAGCCUGCAGCCUGGGAAUCCCGGCCGGCGCGAGCGGGCGACAGACUUGCCGUUUGCCAGAUUCACCAGGAUGCUCACAGUUUCUGGAUACUCCGAUGGUGAGACGAACCACAUAAAAAACCGCCCAGGCGAAGCCGACCAGCAAACCAGAGCCAGACCCACGACGACGAUCCUCUCCAGACGGCUCAGCGCUCCUGCCUGGAUACCACAGGCAUUCACUCCAGGGCUCAGAUCGGCCGGACUCCAGUCGCUUGCAGGCCGUUUCCCAUCUCGACUCUCUCUGCGCCCAGCCAGCGGCUAUAGUCAUCCGUGCUCGUCUCCAACCAGAGACGGCCAUUAUCUGUCGACCGGCCGGCGCUUGCACAGCUUGCCCGACGAAUCCCGAUCGCGAACCUACCGUCUACGGAAUAAUUCCACGCAAACUCGGAAAGAACGGCCAGAGGAGUGUCCGACGAUGGCGCCCAAAUUACCCGCCCAACAGCUCGCGAUGAGCCCGGACAAGAGCGUGCUGGUGCUUGCGAUAAGCUCCCAUCUCCAGCUGGUCGACCGGGCCACGGGGACUCGGCUGAGGUCGACCGAGGACGCCGGGCUGAAUCCGCCGGGCUCGAACCACACCGGCCUGAUCAGACUGCUGCUCAUCCAUCAGGACCUGAGCAAGCCCGAUAAACCCCUGAUCCUCGUCUCCACCGGCGAAGAUAAGCUCCUCAAAACCUGGCAGUUGCCCGCCUUGAAACUGCUCCACUCUAGACAAUUGAUUAAACGGGCUACCUCGAUCGCCGUCUCUCCCAACGGUAAAAACAUCGUGAUUGCCGAUAAGUUUGGUGAUGUCUAUGAUCUACCAUUCGAUGCGCCAUCCCAGACAGUCUUCCAGUCCGACCCAGACCAAGACGAGGCGCCUGCGUCCACUGCGGACGAACCAAGCCUCGUGAAAGAUGCGGAUGCGAAAGUGAAGGGCGACGGGACGAAGCCGGCGGGGAAAGCGAUUUUGCCGAUCGCCGGGCACGUGUCAGUGUUGACGGCACUGACGUUCAUCCCGAGCGAGCCCCAGCCACUACUAGUGACGGCGGACCGAGACGAGCACGUGCGGCUAUCGCGGUACCCGCAAGCCUGGUCGAUCGAGCGAUACCUGCUAGGCCACCGAAAAUUCGUGGGCGCCUUGCUGUGGCUGCCCCAUCCGACGGACCCCGCCCCGAGUCAAGGUCGGCUGCUCAGCGCCGGCGGCGACGACGCCCUCUUCGUCUGGCACCCUCUCCAGGGUCGAGCCGCACAGACUGUCGACCUCGCCGGCCUCGCUAAAGGCCUCAAGGUCUGCCCCGCCAAACAGACCUGGUUCGCCAAGGCCCGCACCAACAAACGGCGCCGGCCUAAUCCCGCCGAGCCGCCCAAGACUGGCCCCGCCCCAACCGACCCUCCCGCCGCCCCUGCCAACCCUGAGAACACCCCCGCUGCAGCACCGGAUGAGGACGCUGGGGGCCAGGAAGCGGCCACUGAAACCGCCGCCGAGCCCCAACAGCUCGUCCAGAAGACCUGUGUGAACAAGAUCAUAUACACCUCUCCCAGCGACCUUGCCGGCCCGGGAUACGUGCUGGUGACAUCAGUCGGGUCCUCGACAAUCGCAUACAUCCCGUUGCCCCGGAUCUUCGCCCCCGACCAGUCGACUGAGCUCGCCCAGAAUAAUACCCGCUACAUCGACCUGGACCUGCCCGUCCUCGACAUCGCCGUCCUGGCUCCGGACCUCGUCCUCGUCUCCCUCGACGCCUCCUUCCCAGCCGACCCUUCCCGAUCUCCCCCCUCCGCGUUCCGAACCCUGUCUCUUACUCCCCAUAAGAUCGAAGAGGUAUCGGAUCCUCAGGGCUUCAAUCUCAAAUCUCUCAACGAAUCAUGCUCCAUUGAAAGUUCGAGCGAGCUAGCGAUGCCGAGCCAGGAGCUGCUGUACCCGGAGCUGCUGCUGUUCACCAAGGACACUCCCGGCUCGGCGGCCGGUCAGGACCACAAAGCGAAGCAUGCUCAAAGGGACAUCGGCUCGGGCGGCCGGUCCGGGAAGAAGGGCGAGGGCAGACUCGUCAGCCAGGCCCGGUGCGAGAUCGUCCUCGCUAAGGCCGCUAUCAGUUGA